AUCCAGGCGCUUAUUAAAACAGCGUGUUGCUCCACACCGCCUCGUGUUGUCUGUUGGCGCGCUCUCCGGGUUCCAACCAAUGCAAGAGCCUUGCGUCUGGCCCUGAAACCUGUGAGGGGCUUCCGUCCACGUCCCCGGUGGACCUACCACCCCUCCAUCUGGGAGAGCAGGCCACAGUAGCCGGACAAAGGAAGCUCCUCAGCCUCUAGUCGCCUCUCCGUGCAUGCACAUCGGUCACUGAUCUCGCCUACUGGCACAGACGUGUUUAUCGACCAACCUGACCCUCACAAAAAGCUACCACUGAAGUGGACAGGCCCCUACACUGUGAUACUCAGCACACCAACUGCAGUGAGAGUCUGAGGACUCCCCAACUGGAUCCAUCGCACCAGGGUCAAGCUCACCCCCAAGGCGGCUUCUUCCUCCAAAACAUUAACAGCUAAGUGUUCGUCUGGGCCAAUUUCUCCUACCAAGUUUAAAUUAACCAACAUUUUUUUCUUAAAACCAAAACACAAGGAAGACUAACCACGUGCUUCCAGGAAUGGCCUGUAUCUACCCAACCACUUUCUAUACCUCUCUUCCAACCAAAAGUCUUAAUAUGGGAAUAUCCCUCACCACGAUCCUAAUACUGUCAGUAGCUGUCCUGCUGUCCACAGCAGCCCCUCCAAGCUGCCAUGAGUGUUAUCAGUCUUUGCAGUACAGAGGGGAGAUGCAACAAUACUUUACUUACCAUACGCAUAUAGAAAGAUCCUGUUAUGGAAACUUAAUCGAGGAAUGUGUUGAAUCAGGAAAGAGUUAUUAUAAAGUAAAGAAUCUAGGAGUAUGUGGCAGUCGUAAUGGGGCUAUUUGCCCCAGAGGGAAGCAGUGGCUUUGCUUCACCAAAAUUGGACAAUGGGGAGUAAACACUCAGGUGCUUGAGGACAUAAAGAGAGAACAGAUUAUAGCCAAAGCCAAAGCCUCAAAACCAACAACUCCCCCUGAAAAUCGCCCGCGGCAUUUCCAUUCCUUUAUACAAAAACUAUAAGCAGAUGCAUCCCUUCCCAAGCCAGGAAAAAAUCUGUUUGUAGAUCUAGGAGAACCAUUGUGCUUACCAUGAAUGUGUCCAAUUGUUGGGUAUGCGGGGGAGCUUUAUGAGUGAACAGGGGCUGUGGGACGGGAUAGACAUUCCCCCUUACUUACUGGCAUCCCAAAACCCCAGACUCACUUUCACUCCUCAGGAAUGCCCGCAGUCCUGGACACUUACCAACCCAGUAUGAGGGACGGUGUGCAUAUCCCGCAAGUGGACUGAUAAAACCCAUCGCUCCGUAGGUGAAAACCCGUCACCAAACCCUAACAGUCAAUGCCUCCAUAGCUGAGUGGUGGCCAAGGUUACCCCCCGGAGCCUGGUCUCCUUCUAACUUAAGCUACCUCAAUUGUGUCUUGUCAAAAAAGGCCUGGUACUGUACAAACACCACUAACCCUUAUGCCGCAUACCUCCGCCUAAGUGCACUAUGCGACAAUCCUAGGAACACCAGCCGACAAUGGACUGCCACUGACGGAUUCCUUUGGAUAUGUGCAACCCAGGCUUACUCACAGCUACCUUAUCACUGGCAAGGUACGUGCUUCCUAGGCACAAUUAAACCUGGAUUCUUUUUACUUCCAAAGCAGGCGGGCAACACUCUCAGAGUCCCUGUGUAUGAUAACCAGAGAAAAACGAUCCUUGGAGGUAGGAGGGAGCCAAAGAUUGUGAGAGGACGAGUGGCCUCCGCAACGGAUCAUUGAAUAUUAUGGUCCUGCCACUUGGGCAGAGGAUGGUUCAUGGGGUUAUCGCACUCCCAUAUAUAUGCCAAAUAGAGCGAUUAGACUACAAGCUGUUCUAGAGAUAAUCACUAACCAAACUGCCUCAGCCCUAGAAAUGCUCGCGCAACAACAAAACCAAAUGCGCGCGGCAACUUAUCAAAACAGGCUGGCCCUAGAGUACUUAUUAGCAGAAGAGGGUGCGGGCUGUGGUAAGUUGAAUAUCUCCAAUUGCUGUCUUAACAUAGGCAAUAAUGGAGAAGUGGUUCUAGAAAUCGCUUCAAACAUCAGAAAAGUAGCCCGUGUACCAGUCCAAACCUGGAAGGGAUGGGACCCAACAAACCUUCUAGGAGGGUGGUUCUCUAAUUUAGGAGGAUUUAAAAUGCUGGUGGGGACAGUCAUUUUCAUCACUGGGGUCCUCCUGCUUCUCCCCUGUGUUAUCCCAUUAAAACUCUUGUUGAAACUACAGUUAACCUAACAAUCCAGACGAUGCUCCUGCUACAGCGGCAU